AUGGCACCGAGCCAGCAUUGGAGAGAAGUCCUGAUCAUCGUCCCUCUUGUGGGUACGGCGGUUGCGACAAUCGUUUACGUCCUCCGUGUCUAUGCACGCCAUAUAGUGACACAAAAGCUGCGAAUUGAGGACCUGCUGAUGGGGAUCGGCCUCUUCUUCACAUGGGGCGUCGCGGGAUGCAUUGUAUACGCGGCCAUCCAUGGUAUCGGCAUAGGUCAGACCAUCUUGGUUUUGCCGCGCGAAGAGCGAGUAAACAUCGCACUGGCCGACUGGAUCCUGCAGAAAUUCUGGCCCAUGGCCCAAGUGCUGGUCAAAGUGUCGAUCAUUCUCUUUCUGCGCCGUCUGCUUGAAUGCCUCGAUCGCUUUAGGCUAUGUGCCACCCUAGUCAUUAUUCUCGUGGUUGCCUGGGGUGUCACUGCAAUCAUCGGGAACAUUUUUCAAUGCUGGCCAGUUCAAUACUUCUGGGUGAAGCGCAUCCGGGGACACUGUAUGCCCGGGCAGAAUACCUUUUUCAUCAUCAUCGGAUCUUUGUCCGUGGCCCAGGAUGUGCUGAUCCUCUGCCUGCCGCUUCCAGUGGUGUGGAGGCUUCAUGCCCCAUUACGGGACAAACUCGAAAUCACUCUGCUAUUUUCAAUAGGCUGCAUCGUAUGCAUCUUUAGCAUCUUUCGGCUGGUCGCGCUCAAGAAUUUCCAAACCGACAACCUCACUAUCAACAGCUCUUUUACCCUGAUCUGGACAGUGCUCGAGCUCGAUGUCGCCAUCAUCUGUGGAUCCCUGUUACUCAUGAAGCCAUUUUUCCAAUCGUGUAUUCGAAGAGUGCGCAAGAGCAUCACACGGUUGAACAGCGGACCUAGUUCCCGUGGCUCGUCUGGAACGGCUCAGACUGCUCAAUCCACAUGCGAAUCCGGGGUGAGUGAUCCCAGCUCGCAGAAAGCAUAUGUGCCGGGGCAGGGCUCUUGUGGUCGGAUGCGUCUUCACGACUCCUGGAGUGCUCCUUUAGACACGGAUAUCCGUGAAGAAAUAUCCGGCGAUUAA